AUGCCUACCUAUCCGAUUCGACGCCGUCCUCGUGAGUGCAAGACCUGCCUGCCCUGUCGAGCUAGCAAGGUUCGUUGCGAUCGCAACGUGCCCUGCGGAAACUGCGUCAAGCGCAACUUCAACUGUUCCUACGGUCGCCCGCCCCCAACGCUCCCCACGCUCCCCAAGCCGGCCCUGGUUCCCGAGCCUUUCCCUACGACGGCCUCGACUGCCUCUACGCCUCAAUAUUCCGCCACCUACCUGUCCACCGCGCGAGAUGUGCCCUACGGUGCCGAGGCCUCCGAUGACCCGCUCUCCGACACCGUGACCGUGUCGCAGAUGGAAUGGGAUGAGAUCAAUUCCAAGAUGCAGGCGAUGGAACAGAUCUUGUCCAGUCUCCAUUCCUUGUUCCAGUCCCAUUCCGCUCACCUUACCGAGCCCCAGUCCGAAGUGUCGACGACGGAGGAAAAGCACACCCCGGCAAGCCAGGGAAUAUAUGGGGCCAACGCCUUGAAGACGGGCCCGGUACAUAUUGGUUCUCGGUCGGCGUUGGUGGAUAUAUUGGAUAAGUCGAAAGGGUCGGACGGGACGGCGGACGCACUCCCCAAGGAUGAUCUCUUGGCAGAGCUGGCGCUCGGGAAUGAAUCUGCCGCAUAUCCCUUCGUGGACCUGUGGUCGUCGGAUCCAUACACCUUCAAUAUUGCGGGCGUGUGCGGUGUGCUGCCGGAUGACGAGCAAUGUCGAAAGUGGGUGACCUUCCCCCAAUCCCCAUUGCUUCUGUCGGCGUUGCCUACGUCGUAUGCGACUGUCCGCUGA